UUCUAAAUUAUAUGAACUAGAUUGAAAAAUUUAAAACUCGGUCGUUUCCUUUUUCUUUUAAUCGAGACCGCAAUUCCUAGUUCGUUCCCCAUCUCCAGUGAGCUCCGAGGCUAUUGUUCUCUUUCCCCGGGAUAAACCGCCAGUUGCUUCGCGCUUCGAAUGAGAAGUCUCACAACGACCAGAAAAGGAUAAACAUUUCAGAAAUCUGGAUUCAAACAUGAAGCUCUCAAUCAAGUUUCAAGACGACCCCUUGAACGACGAUCAACACCGGCAAAUUAUGACAGCGAAGGUCCCCACCACCAUAUUCAACCAACCCUUCCUUUCUGGUGUCGCAGCCACUACCACCAACUCGGCUUCUGAUUUCUCCUUCUCCCUCUCCACCAACUUCCCUAUUGGUCCAUCCCUCAAGCUCUCUUACACCCCCACAGCCACCAACACCGCCUCCCUCCCUUUUUCUCUUUCCCUCAAAUCUGGCUUAGGUAUUUCUGGUUCUCCUCGCAACUCCCCUCUCGUAUUUUCUGCCAGAUUCUCUCUCUCUCCUUCACACGUCCCUGUCCCAACUUUCUUUCUUCACCUCAAACCCCAAUUCGGUCACUUUUCUUUCGAUAAAACCGUCUUCUCGAACCCUAUCGCCGAUCAGAUUUCUGGGUCUGCGUCUGAUUCUCGAGAGCCCUCAGCAGUACCGUCCCUUGAUAGAAGUGAAAUUGGAGGAAAUGGGUUGGGAGAUGGAAAUUCUUGGUCGGGUUGGAAGGAAUUGAAAUUGGAACCUUGUGGGGGAAGAGAUGAGGGUGCGAAUUUUACACAUGUGAAUAACUCUGAGGGUCAGUCGAAUGGAACAAUUAGGUCUGCCUCUGAGAGGUUUUUGGUGGCAAGAAAUAGUAAAAGAUCCAGUUUUUCGUCAGGAAUUGCCGUUAUGGCCAGGACGGCAAUGCCAGUGACCAAAGGGCUAUCAUUGAAUUUGCGGUGGGGUUUGAAUUUUCCUGGGAAUAUGGGAUUGGAAAUGCCAUCCUUGACUGUAAACAAGAUUGGGUUAGAGUGGGUUACGGAAGCCAAAAAGAAUAAGCCGAGCAUGGACGGUUCUGGCGACGAUUUGCAGUUGUUGAAGGGCACGUAUUUUUCGAUGCAGAGAGACUUGGAGAGUGUAGAGAAGGAAAACAGGGAGAUGAAGAAUUUGUUAGAUGAGAUGAAAAAAAGGGUUUCAACAAGAAAUCACGGCGAGGAAGGUAAUGGUACUAGGAAGAAAGUUUCUCAACGUUCUGGCGAGAGCUCUAGUGAGUUUGAACGUUGGAGAAGCAAAAAGAAUGCGAAAGAAGAGAAGGUACAAAAAGAACCAACGAAGUCUCAUAGUCUGGCGAGCGAUCUGGAAUCGGAGCUGCAGAAAGCCCUAAAGAUUGCUUCCUCUUAGUAAAGUGAACAGAAUAAAUCUUGAUACGCUAAUAGUUAGGUGAUAUGAGUUGAUUUCACAUUGCACUGGCAUCACUAAUAAGCCAGAAAGCUGCAUUAUGUUAUGCGUAUUGAACUGGACACAAGUGAUUGGCUUCCCUGUUAGUCCAAUGAAAGAGGAAAUUCUUGAUGCAGAACUGAUGCACCAAAUGGCAGAGUAAUUUUUAGAAUUCCAGUUUUGCAAAUAUUGAUGAACAGUGUGAAUGAU